GCUAUACCCGUUUACUUUGUGCUACAUGAAUUAGCUUCUAACUGUACUUCCAUGCGUGUGAGCUAGCUGUGAACGUAGCUGGUGGAGCUGGUCUGGGGGGUUCAGGAACACUCAGGUCGGUACCAUGGACAGAGAGUGUGUGUCGCUGCUGCCCCGGGUCUGUGAGGUGCUGGCGGCCUCAGGGAGCUCUCUGCCCGAUGACACCAGCCUGGAGAAACUGCUGGACUGGUUCACAGCGCUCACCAAGGCUGAGGGAUCCCUGCUGGAGGCCUGCCCCUGUCUGCUUGGAUUCAUAUCCACUGUGGUCCACAACACAGCUUUAGAUCCCAGCAUCCUCUCCUUCACUCUCAAACUCGCCGGCUUAGUGGCUGUAACUGAGGAUGGCUUCAAAGCUCUGCAGGAGUGCUCUGUUCUGGACCUGGUCUUUAACCUUCAGCGCUGGCAGGAAGCAGGGCUCUGGGAGGAUCCCUGUAUACGGAUUGGCUGGAUCCAGGGCUUAAGGGCCAUGCUGCAGCACCCAAAGGCUCUCAGCUUCUUUGUACAAGCAGAUUUCAUCCAGCCGCUCCUACAACUCCAGACGGACACAAGCCUAUUUGUCGCCUCAGCUGCAAAUCAAAUGCUGGCCUACGUCCUGGUCUUCUGUCAGUCCGUCUCCUCUGUAGGAUGUAACGGCGUAGAUAAGAAAGAAGAUGAAGACAGGAGUUCACAUGCCACCACGACAGACUUAGAAUACCCAGCUGUCCCCAUGGAAACCAAUCAAGAUUACACUGCUGUCGUCACUGCAAUCCUGGAGUACCUCAAGAAGUCACUGGUUCCCAAAGAAAACACGCAACUUCAUCAGAGUGUGCAGAUCCUCAAAGUGCUGGCUCUGCUGCUGGCCCAGACCAGGCCUCCUCUGUGGGACAAGCUGCUGCAGACAGUCGUAGACUCUGUGGAGGAGCUGCUGACGGCAGACUACAGUCAGCUGACACUGCCUCUGAUGGACGUCAUUCUGGCUGCAUACAGCAGCUGCAGCGCCGAUCAUCGCCUCCCAGACCAGCGCGUCUCCCGUCUUCUAUCAUUCAUGUUGAAUAUCAAGAAACCUGCUGACCUCAUUCAGGCAGCUGCUGCUUUCCUCCGCAGAGGCCAUCAUGACCGUGUCCACACAGCCCAGUCUGUGAGAGCACUCCUGCUCCCCCUCGACAUUAUCACUGGCCUGAGUCUUCUGGACACAAACAUCACUGACAAGGAACGGUUUUCAAUGGUGGAGCAGCUGAAGAGUAAAACCUCCUGCAUCUCCGUGAUCUGUGUCUGCCUAACAAACACGCCACAGAUCUCGCUGACGGCUGCUGACUGCCUCCCCUGUCCUCCAGCGCUGACUGUCACCGCGGUGCUGUCGUUGUUGAGGCUCUGCGGCGGCGACUCUUCCUCCUCAUCCGCCGGCUGUAGUCAAGUUUACACGAAUGUCAUCGGCAGUGGCAAAGUUCAGAAAUGUGCUCUAGAGGCUCUGGCAGCUCUCAGCGGCAGCCCAGGAGUGAAAGUCAAGCUGCCUGAAGUCUUCACACUUCUGAUACAAUAUCUGGACAAUCCUGAUUCUGACCCCACUGUGCUGCAUAAGUCCUACCAGGCCUUAGUGAAGUGGAUGACUGUUUGUACAGACCUCUCCUCUAUAACAGACCACCAGAAACAAGAUCUCGUGAAGGUGGUGAGGAAGCGUGCCUGCGACAUGCGCUGGGAGGUGAGAGACUCCACCGUGGAGUUUCUGGGACACCUGGCAGGGGUGAAUGCCUGCCAGACAUCACCCGGGGAGGUGACGGACGCGUCUGAGGCCCUGCUGGGAGGCUGCUGUUGUACCACUCCUCUCUUCAAAGAGGCGCUGCAGGAUCCAGAGAGCUACGUGAGAGCCAGCGCUGUCUCUGCUCUGGCACAGACACUGGCUCAGAGCUGGCAGCAGGGGGCAGCAGAGACACAGGAGCAGACUGAAAUCGUGAACCGGCUGCUUGAAAUUCUCUCCGAGGACACAGAGGGAUUUGCCAGGAGAGCUGUUGUCCGAUACUUCAUCGCCUGGUUCUCUUCGCGAUCCUCACACUCGUCUCCGUCACCGCCUACCUCCUCCUCUCUCCUCAUGCAGUCUGUACGCUCCGUCCUCUCACAAGGCAGCGCCGAUCUGGACUGGGAGGUGAAAGUUCACACGCUGGAGUUGGCUGAGCUGCUGCUGGACGAAGCCUUUUCAGGUCACUGGGGUUACGUGAAAGGCUCAGACCCACAUCCUGUUCAACCACACCCCUACGCUGUGAUUUCUGACCAAGCCUACGCGCUUCACACACACACGGGGACGCACAAAGAGGAUGUGGACUCAGAUUUGGUCGGUGUGUUGAACAGUUUGGUGGAGCGGGGAGUCAUCUCGGCGCUGCUGAGCGGUCUGGUUGAUUGUGAUCGACCUGUAGCUCUGAAGGCCUGUCGGCUACUGGUGACACUCAGACAGACGGUUUGUCCACGCUCACUAGGGGCCCUGGAUGCUACUGCUGCCAUGGCAACAGUAGCCAGAGUGACCUGUGAACUGCCUGGACGGGGUUGGGCGCUAGAGAUCAGAAAGAUUCUGGCGAUGAGGAGUCAGGCUAAAGAGGCAGACGAAGAGAAAAGUUACAAUAGAGCAGAUGUGGUUGUUUCUGAUGACUGUGGUGAGGCGGGAGAGGAAGCAGUGGGUGCAGAGUGUCACACGCUCCCUGUAAGUGUGUGUCAAGUGCUGAGGUCUCUGGAUUUGGACGAGAGGUUGGACAUCCUGACUCAAAGCAGCGACCACGUUCACAACUCUCCCUUGUCUUUGCUGCAGGACAUACUGACCGCUAGUGCUGCUCACACGCGACCAAACGUACAACCAGGACAGGAGGUCAUCGUGGACUGCUACUGACACACACACACACACACACGCACACGCACGCACACACACCCACACACUGCCUUCUGUUGUGAAAAUCUGAUUAGAACUUCACAAGUGCUGAAAAUACCAGGAUGUUGUAGGAUGGUGUUAAUAUUUGUUGGAUUUUCAUCAUACAAUGUUGGUUUUAUAAGAAUUUUAAUAGAUUUUGAUACACUUGGAAUCCCGUACUUCUUGCAGAGGACAAAGACAAAUCACUUGACUUGACUGAACCCAAGCGAUGCUGCCAAAUAUUAAACCGAAAUCUCCCAUGUGACCCAAA